GGUGGAGUGUAUAGACAGGUUGUGCGUGCAUUGACACGAGCUCGGCGACCCGGGGACAUGGCCUAUCGGCGUGAUUUGAUAUACACAACAACUUAUCGUUCUGGCAGAUCAAAAUCGCUAUGAUCCUAAUAUUUUGUAGCAAAAAGGACAUAUUCCUCCUGCUUUUUUGCGUCGCAAAUCCCACGGAAGCUUCGUCCUUCCGAACAAAGUCGAAAUACCUGAAUUCUCUUACAAGCAAGGCCGCCUGGAUUUUACGUCCAAUCUUGUUAACCAGAAGAAUAUUAUGCUAUGUCAGCUUAAGCGCCCUUCGAAUAACACAUGACCAAAUAACUAGGUUUGAUAUCAACGUUGACAUGUUGACAUCGAAGUUACUGAUGUGCAAAGAGGAUGCAAUGCUGCCUGGGACGGCAGUUGCCUUGUCUGACUAGUGAAAGGGUCGGAACACAAUGAAUCAAGUUCUGACAAGUUGAAUCAACGUUCUCGCUCGGCUCAGGAUCGACAACAACCUCUACUAAAACAGUAUGAGCCCGAGUCAAAAGAAGUGU